AUGAAAACUUCCUCUAGUUCCCCUUACAUCGUUCUAUUUCUGCAUCUUUUACUCUUGCAUCUCCAGAUUGCUUUUGCUUAUAAUAUCAGUUAUUCUCCCUUGGAAAACAUUGCCCUCAACUGUGGCACUAGCUCACCAGAACCUGUGUUAUACGAUGGAAGGAGCUGGACUGGAGAUGCAGAUUCACAGUAUGAAUCUUCUGAUGUGGAAGCCAAGUCCCUGGUAGCCAAAGCCUCAAUGAUUAAUGCAUCUGUUCCUGAAGUUCCAUACAUGAGUGCUCGAGUGUUUCACUCUCAAUUUACCUAUAGAUUCAAUGUGACUCCUGGUCCGAAAUUCAUCCGCCUUCACUUCUACCCUACUUCUUACUUGGGUCUUGAUGUCUCCAAAGCUUUUGUAUCAGUCACUGCAGGUAAUUUCACUCUUCUGCAUAACCUGAGCGUUUCGCUCACUACUGAUUACAUGAACAAAGCAUAUCUGAUGAAAGAGUUUAUCAUCCAUGUGAGCGGAAGGACCUUGGAGCUGACCUUCACUCCAUCAUCCAAUGCUUCGGAUGUCUAUGCAUUCGUCAAUGGAAUCGAAGUUGUUUCCAUGCCUUCCAAUCUCUAUAUUCAGGGUGAUAAUGCCCACAUUCCUUUAGUUGGUCAUGAUCCUGUGCUAUAUUACAUUUAUAAUGAUUCUGCCAUGGAAACCAUGCAUAGAAUCAAUGCAGGAGGGGAUGCAAUUCCAGCCAAAUAUGAUUCGGGACUGUUUCGUACUUGGCUUGGAGAUGAUGAACCUGUAUAUUUUCCUUCCGAAGGAGUUGAACCUGGUAAUAUGACCAUGCCAAUUAUGUAUCGGGAAACUGUUCCACCAUAUCUUGCACCAGAACUUGUCUACCGUACUGCCCUGGCAAUGAAUCCCUUUUUAGAUGGCAGACUCAAUCUAAACUAUAAUCUAUCAUGGUUCUUUUCAGUUGAUUCUGGUUUCAAUUAUCUUGUUAGGCUACACUUCUGUGAUGUCAUCCAAGAGGUGACUUCGGUGAAUCAGGUAGCCUUUACUAUAUACUUAAAUAAUCAAACAGCUAUGGAUGACUUUGAUGUAAUUGCUGUGACUGGUGGUCCUGGAGUUCCUGUGUACCUAGACUUUGUAGUGGUGGUUCCUGAAACAACCGAAGGAAAGAAGGAUCUUUGGCUAGAUCUUUAUCCAUCCGUGAGGAGUAAACCUCAGUAUUACACUGCUUUCUUGAAUGGUGCGGAGGUCUUUAAACUGAGCAAGUGGGAUGGAAAUCUUGCAGGGGUUAACCCUGUCAACAAGAAGUCUGAGUCAUUUGCGCCGGUGCCCCAUGCUGCAGCAUCUGCAAAGACAAAGAAAAUCACAUUCAUCAUCAUUGGAUGUGGACUGAGUCCUGUGGCGUUAGGGGUAUUAAUUCUCUUUUUCCUGAUUGUUUAUAGGUUAAAACUAGUGAAGACAAGGAAGAUCUCAUGGCAUGAUCGCUUGAUACUUAUUCCUAAUCAAGUGAAAAAAGCUCACAAAACAUCUCGCCAUCAUUUUUCUCUGGAUGAGAUCAGAGUUGCAACAAAUAACUUUGAUGAGGCUCUGGUCGUCGGUAUUGGUGGUUUUGGCAAAGUGUACAAGGCUAGUUUUGAUCAUGGCUCUACCUUUGUAGCCAUAAAGGGGAGCAAUCCAAGGUCAGAACAAGGUGCUUUAGAGUUUGAGACAGAGAUCCAUGUGCUCUCCCAGCUGCGCCACCACAACCUUGUUUCUCUUUUGGGUCAUUGCAAAGAAGAUGGGGAGAUGAUACUGGCUUAUGAAUACAUGUCCAAUGGUACUCUGUUUGACCAUCUUCAUUUGAGAUCGAGGGAAGAACUUCCUUUGUCAUGGAUUCAACGUCUUGAGAUAUGUAUCGGAGUGGCAAGGGGUUUGCACUACCUCCACACUGGCACAGAGCACAAGAUCAUCCACCGAGACAUCAAGACAAGCAAUAUACUCCUGGACCAUAACUGGGUGGCCAAAAUUUCAGACUUCGGCUUGUCAAAGGUAGGCAACCCAACUUUAGUCAGCACCAACGUCAAGGGCAGUGCUGGAUACUUAGAUCCAGAGUACUUUCGGCAUCACAAGCUGACUGAGAAAUCUGAUGUGUACUCAUUUGGGGUGGUGUUAUUGGAGGUGAUAAGUGCAAGGCCUGCUGUGAAUCCAGUUGAAGAUGAUGAUGAACAUGGUAACUUGGCAGACUGGGCUCUGUACUGCUGUGAGAAUGGCAUUACAACUCAGCUAGUGGAGCCCCACCUUGAAGGAAAUAUAGAAGCAGAAUCUUUUGAGACAUAUAUCGGGGUGGUCAAGAAAUGCUUGGCUGAGAAAGGGGUAGAGCGCCCCACCAUGAGUGAAGUGUUGCAGAGCCUUCUCCUCGCAUUGCAGCUUCAGAGAAAUGCUAAUAUAGCACCAACCAGUGGUGGCAAUAGAACAGAAAAUAGCGAUUCAGGAAGCAACUCAGAUUUGACACCGGGGAUUGAGUUCUCUGAGAUCAUGAUACCCAUUGGACGUUGAAAUUAUUUUCUGACAAAAGUUUCACCCACACUGUACAAGAAUCAGAGUUGCGAAGUUGUGAUUAGGACACAAGAAGAUGUAUUAUUAUUUUUGUAGGAGGGAAACGUGAUUACUGAUUGCUGUAUUCUUUAUAUAUUUUAAAAUGACAAGGAUUGGUGAGAAUUAGUGAAGGAUUUCUACCAUGUUGAACUGUAAAAUUGAUUUCAAGUUUGAGCUCGGGGCAAACAAUAAUACUACUGAUUAAGU